AUACCCCCUGAAGAAGAGACCUGACAGCCCACGGUAGACGAGUUAAGCCGCACUACGGAACUGCAGGUGUUGUUCCCAGGCCCUUUACUGAGACGCCUGAUCACUUACCUAGAAGAAAUAAUUUAGAGCUUCAAAACUCCCUCGCGCCGGAAGUUGCGCUUGGCACUUCCUAGUAGGGUCAUAGCCAGAAGGUGGGAAUCGUCGCCCCGGCCUGCGCCCCCGGGGUGCCUCCGCUCCCAAGGUUGAACAGUGAGGAGCAAAAGCACUGUAUCCAGCAGUUAUAGAUGGCAGAAGUGAAGUCGAUGUUCCAUGAAGUCCUUCCAAAACAAGGGCAGUUGUCUGUGGAAGAUGUAACCACAAUGGUGCUGUGUAAACCCAAACUUUUACCCUUAAAAUCUCUGACUCUGGAAAAACUGGAGAAAAUGCAGCAAGCAGCACAGGAUACAAUCCGCCAACAAGAAAUGGCCGAAAAAGAAGACCGGCAAAUAGCCCAGUGACGAAUACCACUUUAAGGGGACGGACGCCCCAUCUUACCUGUUCAGGAACUAGAAACUAUUCUAUAACUAUAGGCUGAAAAUACAUAAUCAAACUGGACAUCCAUAAUUUUAAAAAACAAAUUUGGGAACUUAAACAUUGGUUUGUGUUAAAAAAGAAAGCUUGCUUUGUAUCAAGUUAGGGGAUUUUGGAUAAGUUUUUAAAAUUAUAAAUUACCUUAUUUGCUAUACCUAUUGUUAUGAAUGUAAGAAAUUAAAUGCAUCUUUUGUGGAUGAAUGAUUUCUUCAUGUUUAUUAGACACCUAAAUCUGAAAAUAAACUCUGUUCUUGAAUA